GCCGUUUACGCCAUGUUACGCGCGCCCACACAAAAUCUCGGAUUGCCCUAAUCCUCUUCUGCCCUUACGCCGCUCGCUCAACCGGUGCUCGAAACACUCCUCCUUCCCUACGCCGUUCGAGCCCGACUUCUUUCCGACGCCGCUCGUGCCUGAAUUCCUCCUCUUUCUUCCCUAAGCAACUCGUGCCGGAACGCCUGCUCCUGGAAGAUUACGGCUGCAAACGAAACUUAUCAAAUACAGUACAACACCCUUAGAUUCAGCGAGAGCCUCAACUGUUUUGAGCAAAUAGAUUUAAUUUAGGACUUUUCUGUAGAUUUAAUUAAGGCCAGCAGUUAGAAUAAAAAAAAGUGAAUAUAGAGGAGUGCAAUGGUAUGGGGUAAUAAAAGGUGGCGAAAAGAAAUUGAUGUCUUAUUUUCACCUUCCUGGUAAUGUUUCUUCAUGCGUUUAGCUUAUAAUCUAUAGCGAAAGGAUUGUUGCGUACAACUACAACCAAGAAUCUCCCCAAUGCUGCUUCUACUCUGGAAACAUAGCAGUUUUAUCUUAUUCAGAUAUGCUUCCCAAGUUGAAUAUGCCCGGCAACUGGACAACGAUGCUCUUUCCAUAGGAUAAACACCUUUUUUUGUUGCAAUGUGGAGAUUCUCUGGUGGUCUAGGGUCAAAGAGUAUUCAAGCAAAACCUAGUGCAUCAAAUGUAGACUGCUCUGAUGAUGAGGUUUCUUCUUGCACAAGUAGAGAAGAAGGCUUGGAAUGCCCAAUAUGUUUGGAAUCCUUCAACAUUGUGGAGAAUGUGCCAUAUGUUUUAUGGUGUGGUCACACCCUCUGCAAAAACUGUGUUCUAGGACUUCAGUGCGCUGUUGUGAAAUUUCCGAGCGCUCCAAUCCAGCUUCCCCUCUUCAUUUCCUGUCCGUGGUGCAACUUGUUGUCCUUUCGUCUGGUUUACAAGGGAAAUCUUAAAUUUCCUCGCAAGAACUUCUUCCUUCUGUGGAUGGUUGAGAGCUUGAACGGUGACAGGCUUAAGUCUCAUUCUUCUCUCUGUGGGAGUCAUCAACCAGUUUCGCAUUCUAAUGGUGGGCUCUUUCUUCGAACCAAUGGAUAUGGCAACCACAAUGUUAGAAGCUCCCUGCAACAAUCACAAGCAACUAGUCCUGAUCAAGCUGGCUCAUUAGCUCAGUACCUUAAUGCAGAGAGGAUCAAUGCUUCAUUGAGGAAAUCUCUGGUUUUCUUUGUUCAACUGACUGCCAAGUUUCCUCUGGUCAUCGUCUUUCUCCUUAUCGUGCUCUAUGCCAUACCUGCCAGUGCUGCAAUUCUGGUUCUGUAUAUUCUCAUUACGAUCUUGUUUGCCUUACCUUCCUUCCUGAUAUUGUAUUUUGCAUACCCAAGCUUAGAUUGGCUGAUCAGGGAAAUCAUCAAUUGAGCUCCAGAAGUAUAAGUUCCAGCUUUCUUGCAUCUAAGGCUUCGUUUGGGUCAGCUUUCGUACUGCUUCUUAAAACGGCUUUUUAAUAUAAAGUUUUUUAAUCCAAGAAAAUUUUGUACUAGAAAAUUGUUUUAGAAAGCAACAAAAAAGCUGUCCCAAAUGAAAGUUAAGUCAGGGCUUUAUGGCACCAAUCAUUCAGAGUUCAAAUGUCAGGUAUUUGAGUAAUGCAAUUUUAGCAGCAACAAAUAUUAUAGCUUGUUGCAAUCUUCUAGAAUUCAAAUCUAAGGUGUUUGGGUUUUGUGUUUUGACACUUGCAAAACAAUUUAUUAUCAAUGGAUUUCUGUGUUGGUACCCAGUUUGCUUCAUUGGAAUCUGGUAUUU